AUGAAGUUCAACUUUGCAUCAGUCACAUUAUUCUUCACAGCAGCUGUCUCAACAGUUGCAGCUAUGCCGGCCGCUUCAGCUCCAUUGGAAUUGACUCCAAGAGAGUUUGAAAUUGCCAACAAUGCCCUUCACAACAUGGAACACUACAACACCAAGAGAUCAUUGUUAUCUGAAGCCGAAGUCGUGAAAAGAGAAUCCCAGAUUGUCACUGAUAUCUUGGCUAUUGUUAAAGACACCAACUUGGCUCCAGGUGUUAUCGAAUACCUUAUCUCAGACCCAACUUUGUCAAACAUUACUAUCAAUGUUGUUGUUGCUGCUCUUAAGAAUGGUUGGAUUAACUUGGACACCUUGUUGAAGUCUUUGAACGACUCUGGAUUGGCUGUUGAUGUUGUACAAAACCUUAUUAACGAUUGUGCUUUCUAUGCCCAAAUUUUCAAGUUGGUUGGACAAUUUAUUGAAAACUUGCCAAACGUUAUUGGUAACUUGUUGGGUGUUAAUGCUGCUGCCGUUUCUUCUGCUGUUGAUAAGAGAGAAAUUGGUAGAAUGGGAGCUGAAUACGCCUCUCCAGUCUAUGCUAGAGACACACAAGAUAUUCUUACCUCAUUGAUGGAAUCAUUAAAGAACUCUGGUUUGGCUAACCAAGUUGUUGAAGCUUUGGUUGUUGAUCCUGACUUCUACACUUUUGGUGGUGAAUUGAUUUCCAGGUUGUUCUCCUCAGGUGCGAUCACUCUUGGACAAUUGAUUGAUGCUUUGGUUGACUCUGGUUUGAUUCCAUCACUUAUCAAAGCUUUCUUGAAUUGGGACACACUUAGAUCAGUCAUUGUUAACGCAUUGGCUGCUGCAUUUGGUAACUGUAAAGAUACUACCACCACCUCAACAUAUGCCACCACUCCAACUGGUGGUCCAGCACCAACUAUUACUACAGGCACUGCUGACCUUAGCUCCAUUCUCAGUGGCACUUCUUUCAACACUGUCACCACCACUAGUGGACCAAGCAAGUGUAAAAAGAAGAGAUCAACUUAA